CACCGGAAGUGGCUUCAUUCCUGCUGUUAGCUUGACGUCGCUUUGACCCGCAGAGCGACGGUGUCAGAGUCAGGAAACAGACAGAACCGAGCCGAACCGCCGCAGCUCCAGGAGAGAUUAGCCGGUGUCCGCGGCGCUGAGCUCAGGGUUUAUCCGGGGAUGGAAGACCCUCCCCGGAGGACAGACGCCGCCUGAACCGGAGCCGCCGAGAAACGGUUCCGCCGUUCGUUAGGAACGGGCGAGUUUAUCCCCGAGGUUCCGGUCGUAUUGGGGCAGGUAGCAGAACCUCGACUAGCUGUUCCUUUAGCUGCCCCGGAUCCACCAGCCAUUGACGGGUUAACUCCUGAAGCAGCAGGUUCGGGUGGCCGGGCCGGGUCGCAGGGCGGGAAUGGCCGCGGUUCUCCUCCCGAACGUUGCGUUACACGUGUGAACCCGGUCCGCUGCUUAUCCCGGGGUAUUGUCUGGAAGGACACACUGCUGCUUCUGCUCCCCCCCAGAUGUGGAGCCAAGUUCGGGCUCGGAAUGGCCGCUGAGCGGACAUGGCGGGCUGGAAGAGACUCCUGACGGGAAGGAUCUCGGCUCUGAACCCGGAGAUGAGUUUUAUUCUGGCGGUCAGGUGUUACUGAAGCGACCCGGGUUCACUGCACCAGAACCGGUUUGGUUACCGAAUUUUUUUUUAUCAGAAACGGUGUUUUUACUCUGCGGAGGAGAUGAAGAGGACGGAGAACAAGAACAAGAGGAAGCUGAGCAGUUUGGAGCAGCAGGAGAGCGGAGAGCAGCAGAAGGAUGAGAAGGAGUUUGCGGCUCCGCCCCCUCUGCUCUUCAGGAAGCUGAGCAAUCCCGACCUGUCGCCCGCGGCAACCAGCGCCACCAAGUCCAAACUGCACCGCCAGCUGAGCCAGGACGAGAACCGGGCCCGCCGCAGCAGCCUGGCCAUGACCGGGAAGCAGCUGCUGCCGCUGUCCUGCAGCCUCCACGCCGGGGUCAGCCAGCUGCUGGGACCCCCUGCGGGUCCCGGGGUCCCGGCCGGUCCGACAGGCGGCGCAGGAGACGGGAACAGCCUGGUCCGGAUGAGGAGCCAGGUUCUGGGCCAGUCGGCGCCUUCGCUCAGCGGACUGAAGGAGCUGAGUCUUCCCAGAAGAGGCAGCUUAGUCUGGUCACCGGCUCAGCUGCGUUGCCACGGCAACAGCAGCUUCCUCCUCCAUCACCUGCUGUCCCCCACCUCCUUCCAGCCCUCCUCUCCCUCCUCCUCUCCCUUCUUUCCCUGCGACGGCCCUCUCUCCGCCCCUGCUUACCUGCCAGGAAACCCCUUCCUCUGGAGCUGCCGGGCCAGCAACAGGAAGAGCCUGAUCGUGACGUCCAGCACUUCCCCGACUCUUCCUCGGCCGCACUCCCCUCUACACGGACACACAGGCACCAGCCCACUGGACAGCCCUCGCAACUUUUCCCCCAACGCAGCGGCGCAUUUCUCCUUCGUUCCGGCUCGCAGCCACGGACACAGAGCCGACAGGACCGAUGGCCGCCGCUGGUCUCUGGCCUCGCUGCCGUCGUCUGGAUACGGAACCAACACGCCGAGCUCCACCGUCUCCUCCUCCUGUUCAUCUCAGGAGAAGCUCCACCAGCUGCCCUUCCAGCCCACGCCGGACGAGCUGCACUUCCUCACCAAACACUUCAGCUCUGAGAGCGUCACCGACGAGGAGGGCCGCCGCUCGCCCGCCAUGAGGCCGCGCUCCCGCAGCCUCAGCCCGGGUCGCUCGCCGGUUUCCUUCGACCACGAGAUCAUGAUGAUGAACCACGUCUACAAGGAGCGCUUCCCGAAGGCCACGGCCCAGAUGGAGGAGCGUCUGGCCGAGCUGCUGGCCUCGGCGGCGCCGGAGAAGGUGCGUCCGCUGGCCGACGGGGUCCUGAGCUUCGUGUUCCACCAGCUGAUCGAGCUGUCCAGGGACUGCCUGGACAAAAGCAGGCAGGACCUCAUCACCUCCAGAUAUUUCUACGAGCUGCAGGAGAGUCUGGAGAAGCUGCUGCAGGACGCCCAUGAGCGCUCAGAGAGUGAGGAGGUGACCUUCGUCACCCAGCUGGUGAAGAAGCUGAUGAUCAUCAUCGCCCGGCCGGCCCGACUGCUGGAGUGCCUGGAGUUUGACCCCGAGGAGUUCUACCACCUCCUGGAGGCGGCCGAGGGUCACGCCAAGGAAGGCCAGGGCAUCAAGUCCGACAUCCCGCGAUACAUCAUCAGCCAGCUGGGCCUGACCCGCGAUCCGCUGGAGGAAAUGACCCAGCUCAGCAGCUACGACAGCGGGAACCCAGAGACGCCGGAGACCGACGACUCGGUCGACAGCCAAACCACGGCCAUCCCUGCAGCGCCGCAGCCCAAACCCAAAACGCCCCGAGAGGAAGACUUCGAGAACAUCAAGCUGAUCAGCAACGGGGCGUACGGCGCCGUGUAUCUGGUGCGGCACCGGGAGACCCGGCAGCGCUUCGCCAUGAAGAAGAUCAACAAGCAGAACCUGAUCCUGCGGAACCAGAUCCAGCAGGCCUUCGUGGAGCGGGACAUCCUGACCUUCGCCGAGAACCCGUUCGUCGUCUCCAUGUUCUGCUCCUUCGAGACCCGGCGCCACCUCUGCAUGGUCAUGGAGUACGUGGAGGGCGGAGACUGCGCCACGCUGCUGAAGAACAUCGGCGCUCUGCCCGUCGACAUGGCGCGGAUGUACUUUGCCGAAACUGUUCUGGCGCUGGAAUAUCUGCACAACUACGGCAUCGUGCACCGAGACCUCAAACCCGACAACCUCCUCAUCACGUCUCUGGGACACAUCAAGCUGACGGACUUCGGCCUCUCCAAGAUCGGCCUGAUGAGCCUGACCACCAACCUGUACGAAGGCCACAUCGAGAAGGAUACCCGGGAGUUCCUGGACAAGCAGGUGUGCGGCACGCCGGAGUACAUCGCCCCAGAGGUCAUCCUGCGGCAGGGCUACGGCAAGCCGGUGGACUGGUGGGCGAUGGGCGUGAUCCUGUACGAGUUCCUGGUGGGCUGCGCGCCGUUCUUCGGCGACACGCCGGAGGAGCUGUUCGGCCAGGUCAUCAGCGACGAGAUCGUGUGGCCGGAGGGCGACGAGGCGCUGCCUCAGGACGCGCAGGACCUGAUCGCCAAGCUGCUCCGCCAGAACCCGCUGGAGCGGCUCGGGACAGGAGGAGCCUUCGAGGUGAAGCAGAACUCCUUCUUCACGGAUCUGGACUGGAACGGUCUGCUGAGGCAGAAAGCCGAGUUCAUCCCUCAGCUGGAGUCCGAGGACGACACCAGCUACUUCGACACCCGUUCGGACCGGUACCACCACCUGGAUUCAGAGGAGGAAGACACCAACGACGACGAACACGUGGAGCUGCGGCAGUUCUCGUCCUGCUCACCGCGCUUCAGCAAGGUGUACAGCAGCAUGGAGCGUCUGUCUCUCCACGAGGAGAAGCGGACGCCGCCGCCCACCAAGCGCAGCCUCAGCGAGGAAGGAGGCGACCGCGUCAGCGACAGCCUGAGCGGACUCAAGACCCGGGACCGGACCUGGCUGGUCGGAUCGCCGGAGAUCCUGCGGAAGCGUCUCUCCGUCUCCGAGUCGUCGCACACGGAGAGCGACUCCAGCCCGCCGCUGACGGUCCGCAGGCGCUGCUGCUCCGCCAUCAUCGAGAUGCCGCGCUUCGCCAUCUCGGCCGAGGAGGAAGGAAGUGCAGCAGGGGGCAGCAGGAAGAGCCCCAGCCUGGCGAGGGGCCCGCGCUCCGAGGAGCUGCCGCUGUCCAUCCCAGAGCUCCCAGUGGAGCUGAAGCUGGAAGAGUCUCCCACCAGCAGCCAGCAGAGCAAGGCCACACCAGGAAGCUCUGGAGACGGCGGCGCAGCGACCAAGGCGGCGGCGGACGGCGACUCUCCGUCCACACCGAGGGCCAUCAGCGACCUGGCGGCCCGCCGCGCGCGCCACCGCCUGCUGUCCGGAGACGCAGACAAACACGCGGCGAGCGCCCGGCCGUUCGCCAAGGUCAUCAAGUCCGCGUCGGCGAACACGCUGUCGCUGGUGAUCCCAGGAGAUCACCACGGAGCGUCGCCAUUGGCCAGCCCCAUGUCUCCACACUCACAGUCGUCCAAUCCGUCGUCCCGGGACUCCUCGCCCAGCCGCGACCUUUCCCCGGCCGUCAGCGGCGUCCAGCCCGCCAUCGUCAUCCACCGGGCCGGGAAGAAGUACGGCUUCACGCUGAGAGCCAUCCGGGUCUACAUGGGAGACUCCAACAUCUACAGCGUCCAUCACAUGGUCUGGCAUGUGGAGGACGGCGGCCCGGCGCACGACGCCGGCCUCAGGGAGGGCGACCUGAUCACCCACGUGAACGGCGAGCCGGUCCACGGCCUGGUCCACACCGAGGUGGUGCAGCUCAUCCUGAAGAGUGGAGCCAAGGUGUCCAUUUCUGCCACGCCGUUUGAAAACACGUCCAUCAGAGUCGGCCCCGCGCGCAAGACCAACCACAAGUCCAAGAUGGCGAGACGCAACAAGAAGACGAAGAGCAAGGAGGGGCAGGACAGUAAGAAGCGGACGUCUCUGUUCAGGAAGAUCACCAAGCAGGCGUCUCUGCUGCACACCAGCCGCAGCCUGUCGUCGCUGAACCGCUCGCUGUCGUCGGGCGAGAGCGGCCCCGGCUCGCCCACUCACAACCUGUCGCCGCGGAGCCCCACGCAGGGCCACAGGUCCGCUCCGGACUCCGCCCACUCAGUGGGGGGGAACUCGUCCCAGAGCAGCUCGCCCGGCUCCAGCGUCCCCAACUCCCCGGCCGGCUCGGGCCACAUCCGGCCCAGCUCGCUGCACGGCCUGGCCCCCAAGCUGCAGCGCCAGUACCGCUCCCCCCGCCGCAAGUCCGCCGGCAACAUCCCGCUGUCGCCGCUGGCGCGCACGCCGUCGCCGACGCCGCAGGGCAGCUCGCCGCAGCGCUCGCCGUCUCCGCUGCCGGGCCACGCCGCCGGGUCGGCCUUCCCCGUCAAGCUGCACUCCUCCCCGCCACCGGGCCGCCAGAUGUCCCGGCCCAAGAGCGCCGAGCCACCGCGCUCGCCGCUGCUCAAGAGGGUGCAGUCGGCCGAGAAGCUCGCCGCCUCGCUGUCCGGCUCGCCGUCAUCGCCCGCCGCGGUGGGGGCGGCGCGGAAACACAGCCUGGACGUCUCACACUCUGAGUUCAAGAAGGAGAUUCUGCAAAGGGAGCCGAGUCUGCAGAGCCUCCAGCAGGAGUCGGGCGGCGAAGCGAUGCUGGCGCCCGCCGGCCGCGCCGUUGAGCAAGGCAGCCUCCACAAACACGCCGCCGCAUCCAGGAAGCUGGGCCGCCAGGAGGGCGAGGGCGCCGUCGGCAUGGCGACGGGGUCGCUGGGCCUGACCCCUGGGAAGAGCAAGCUGAAGGACAAGCUUUCGGCCAUCCGGCAGGACCGCGCCGAGCGGCGGGAGUCGCUGCAGAAGCAGGACGCCAUCCACGAGGUCGACUCCUCCGAGGACGAGACGGACGACGGCUCCGAGGACAGCCAAGAUGGCCGCCGCGCCGCCGCCUUCACGCCGCUGCUGAGGCCCACGUCAGUCCGGUCGGGCCCGGCGGGAACGCCGCCGUCCCUCGGCCGCGCGGACCGGCCGGCUCAGAGCGCCGCCGCGGGAAAACCGGACAUGAACGCUCCGGACCCGGGUGGAGCCGCCGGGCCUGACCCGGUUCCCCCCAGCUUCUCCACCCCGGGCAGCGCCUUCAUGUCCGUCAGCAAGCCGCCCCCCCAGGCCGACGCCCAGGGCCCGAAGCCCGCGGCGCCCCCCGCAGGCGGCGAGCCGCCGCGCGCCUCGCCUGGCGUUCCCAAACAGCAGAAAGAGGCCGACAACCGCCGGCUCUGCGCCGCCGCCCCGGCGCCGCCUGCCGAGUCCGGAUUGGACCGGGUCGUGACUCACAUCGCCACGGUAGCUAAGAGCGUACUGGGUCCGGCCAGAACCGCGCCGCCCAGCAGGGCGGUCUCCAGAACCUCGACCCAGUCCGACCGGGCCGGCCCGCCUGCCGCCCCAGCCUCCGGCAGGACGACGUAGUAGCAGAACCGGAGCGCCAGAACUGUUCUGACCCGGUAGAUCCAUCCGGCCCGGUUCUGACUGUUUUCUGUUACAAUAAUGUUUUGAUUCCCGCUUCAGCCAAAACAACCCGGGUCUGGGGCUGCGGACCGAGCAACGGCCCGGUUCUGGAGACGGUUCUGUGACCCGUUAAUGAGCGUCCAGAACCAUCCGGACCCGACCUGGGAACCGUUUCACUGCGGCCCAACCGGAUCAGAACCCUGACCCUAACCGCUCCGUCGUUCUGUUCCAAACAGAACCGACCCAGAGUUAGAGUCAAAACGUGGCGCGGCGCCACCUGCAGGCCGACGUUCAGAUCAAACAGAACCUGAGGCCCCCUGCUGGCGAGUCUGAGCAACUGCAGCCGUUUCCUCAAAGAUUCCCAGUAAAUAAAAAAUAUUUUUUAUGUCCCAAUAAAUAUAAAGUUUAAAAUAUUGAAAAAUGAAAUUACAUGCAGAACCUCUUAUGGCCACCAGGGGGCAGCUCAGGCAAACAAUCGAUUAAAUCACUUCCUGGUUCUGGGAGGUGUUCGUUUGGAUCCAAGCUUCUUGGCAAACGGUCCCCUGCUAGCGUGCUAACAUGCUAGCACGCUACGGUAACCGAGGCUUUAAUGACUCAGCGCCACCUACUGGGGAAAACCCACUGUACGCUAACGUCCCUCUGGUUCUGUUGUGGUCCAGUCAGUGGCCUGGUUCUGGACCCAGAGCGCCCCCUGCAGGCCGGGCCGCUGUGCUUUGGUCUCCAGCCCCGUCCGCGGUUCCCUUUGGACCAACUCGCUGUGUUGCUGCCUCCAGUCCUGUGAAGUCACUUCCUGUGUGUGUGUGUGUGUCUGUGUGUGUGUGUAUUUAAGCAGUUUUUACCCUGUGUGUGUUUUAGGGUCAACGUGUUGAGUUCUGUUCGGACCCGGAGCCGGUUCCGAGUCACUCUGCUUUUCCACAUGUUCCGACCCGGCAGUCCGAUGUUUACAUGUCCUUCAUCUCUUCCAGCGGGUUCUUCACGGCCCGCUUGGCGCCCCCUGCAGGCCGGUUCUGCUCCAGACCCGGGUGUUGGACAGAGCCGGUUCUGACAAGCUGCAGGAAACGGGUCGACACUGGACCUGUUUUUAUUUUCUUUGUCACAUUUGCCUCUAUGUGAAAGUUUCUGCUCAGAGACAGAACCGAACCAGAGUCUGGGUCCAGGCUGACCGGGUCCAAGCUGACCGGGUCCAGGCUGACCGGGUCCAGGCUGACCGGGUCCAAGCUGACCGGGUCAGCUGCAGAGAACCUCAGAACAGAUUUUAUUCUGUUUUUCACUCAAACUGAAACUUUUUCUUUUGCUUCCUCCAGAAUUGUCGGGUCGGGUCGGACUCUCCUGUCCGGAUCGGGUUUUAUCACAGAGGAAAGCAGGAAACGGAACCAGUUUGAGUGUUUUCACCUCUGCAGCCGGUUCUGGUUCUGAUUCCAGUACCGGUUCUGGUCCCGGUUCCGGUUCUGGAGGAGCCGAUGAUCCGAUCCGCUGAGGUUCUGGGAAUGAUAAGAACCCGUCUCCAGAACCGGAACCUUUCCUCGGGGAACGGCUGUUACCGACCGGGUCCGAUCCGAAGCGGUUCUGACCCGCAGAGUGAAAUCAGUGCAAUACGUUUUGAUUCUCUAAUGUGGUGAAACGCAUGUUGUUGUCCGCCGAACCUUGCAGUAAUAAAGUUUUUUUUCAACA